AUGCGGAAAGAUACACGGAAGUCCAUGGAGCAGCUUGGAACUCUUUUGAAGGCGAUCAGGGCCCCUCUGCCGACCCAAACUGGCGAUGGAAGCGCUCUGCCGCAGCCGAAGAAGGACACAUUCUCCAAGGAUGUCCGCGAGAUCUUGAGGGAUAUUCCGAGGCAAGAUAUCGACGACAUCGAAGGUCUGAUCAAGGUCUUCAAGUCCACCGCUAUGGGAGAAAAUCUGGACGACAAGGAAUAUCUCAUGGAAAGCAUGAUUGCUGUUGCUACAAAACUCCCGGAGAGCUUCUUACAGGAUCGACUCACCACAACCCUGGUUACCACACUUUGGAACGAUCUCGAGCACCCUCCCAAUGUCAUUCUCGGCGAGGAGUACGAGUUCCGUCAGCCCGAUGGUAGCAAUAACAACUUCAAAUAUCCAAAUGUCGGCAAAGCAGGUAUGCCAUACGCUCGCACAGUGAACCCAAAGUCCAAGCAGGGAGGCGUCCUUCCCGAUCCUGGAGUCCUGUUCGACACAGUCAUGGCUCGAAAGCACGAGGCCGGUGAGAAGCAUCCGAACCGAAUCUCGAGCAUGCUGUUCUACCUCGCCUCGAUCAUUAUCCAUGACAUUUUCAGAACUGACCACUUGGACGCGAGGAUCUCAAACACUUCAUCCUACCUCGACCUCUCACCACUUUAUGGCAGCAACUGGAAAGAGCAGAAGACAAUGCGCACUUUUCAAAACGGCAAGAUCAAGCCAGACUGCUUCGCCGAGACUCGAUUGCUGAGCUUUCCUCCUGGCUGCGGUGCACUGCUGAUCAUGUUCAAUCGCUAUCACAACUAUGUUGUUGAGCAGUUGGCACUGAUCAACGAAGAUGGUCGAUUCACGGAGAACCCGAGACAGGUGACUGUUGAUCGUUAUGGCGAGACAGGCUUGAACAAGCGCGAUGAUGAUCUCUUCCAAACAGCUCGUCUGAUCGUUUGCGGGCUUUACAUCAACAUCAUCCUAAUCGACUAUGUCCGAACGAUCCUCAACCUAAACCGCACGGACGACAACUGGCAGCUUGAUCCUAGAGUGGACAUACCUGGCGGUAUUCCCGUUGCAACUGGUAAUCAGUGCUCGGCUGAAUUCAAUCUUGUGUACAGAUGGCACUCCGCAGUGUCCGAACGUGACGAUCUGUGGACUCAGCAGCUGUUCAAGGAGCUUCCUCUUCCUGAUGGCUUGACUGCCGAGGACGCAGCGAAGCCUGAGAACAUGAAGAAGUUCCUGAUGACUCUUGCUCACAUGCAGCAUGAUACUGAGAGCAAAGAUCCUACCGAGCGUGAUUUCCCGGCGCUCAAGAGUGAGAAGAUGGACCGCAUCCCAGAAGGUCCUUUCAAAGGCAACUACAAGGACGACGAUCUUGCAGCCCUGCUGACCAGCAGCAUCGAGGAUUGUGCGAACGCCAUGGGCCCACAACAGGUACCGGCCGUGAUGAAGGCGAUCGAGAUCCUCGGAAUCCAGCAGGCUCGCACAUGGAGGUGUGCUACCCUAAAUGAGUUCCGCGAGCAUUUCCACCUCAAGCCACACAAGACCUUUGAAGACAUCACGACCAACAAGGAGGUGUCGGAGGCUCUCAAGCAUCUCUACAACACUCCCGACGAUGUCGAACUCUACCCAGGUCUGGUGGUCGAAGAUGACAAGCAGGCGAAACUUCCCGGUUCUGGUCUUUGCCCAUCUUACACUACCUCUCGAGGCGUCUUGUCCGAUGCUGUCGCCCUUGUUCGUGGAGAUCGCUUCUACACGACGGCGUACACUCCGGCAUCUCUGACCAACUGGGGAUUCCAAGAAGCCUCGUCCGACCUCUCCAUCGACAACGGCUGCGUCUUCUACAAGCUCUUCCUCCGCGCGUUGCCAAACAGCUAUGAUCCAGGUUCGGUCUACGUGCACUAUCCAAUGACCAUUCCCGAUGAGAUGAAAACGAUCCUCCAGGGGCUUGAGAAAGAUCACAUGUACAACUUCGACAAGCCGAAGGCAUCUCAUCAUCCUGUUACAUUGUUCAGCCAUGCGGCUGGUAUGCAGGUCACUGAGAAUCAAGAGGAUUUCCAUGUCACUUGGGGUCCGGCUAUGAUCUUCCUGAUGGGACCCGAGGCCAAGAACUUCAUGCUGGCUGGUGAUGGUCCAGAGAACGCAAAGUCGAGAGCUAUGAUGGAGAAGACGAUGUACCAAGGCAUUCCCUCCGGCAAUGAAAAGUGGCUUACAGCUGUCCGCGACUUCUAUGAAAUGAAGACCACAGAACUGUUGAAGCAGAAGUCGUACAAGCUGGCUGGCGUGAACAAUGUCGACAUCAUCCGUGAUAUCGGCAACCUUGCUCACGUCCACUUUUGUGCUGAGCUCUUCAGCAUUCCCCUUAAGACGGAGAAGUUCCCACUGGGCAUCUUCACCGAACAGCAACUCUAUCUCAUCAUGGCCGCAGUCUUCACCUGCGUCUUCUUCGACCUCGAUCCACCAAAGUCCUUCCCUCUUCGUCAAAAGGCCCGCGCCGCCACUCAAUCGCUCGGCAACAUCAUGAAAGCUCAAGUCCAAUCCGUGAAGACGUUUGGCAAACUCGCCGAGUCCCUUAUCGACGUCGUGAAGCCCAACGAUGGUCCUCUUGGCGACUACGGCGUGCACAUGAUCGCCCAACUCUGCAAGCAGGAUGUCGACGUCGACGACCUCGUCUGGGGCAACAUUAUGGGCACGGCUGGCGGCAUGGUCGCUAAUCAAGGCCAGCUCCUCGGCCAAGCCCUCGACUACUUCUUCACCACCGGCAAGGACCACCUCCCCGAAAUCAACCGUCUCGCGAAACUCGACACCCCGGAAGCCGACGACACCUUGAUGCACUACCUCAUGGAAGGCGCUCGCCUCAACGGCGAGACCGCCAUCUUCCGCACCGUCACCAAGGACACUACCGUCGUCGACAAUACCCCUCUCCUCGGCGAACAGGUCCACCACCUCAAGAAGGGCGACACAGUCUUUGUGAACCUCAAAUCCGCCUCCCGCGAUGCUGCCGCCUACCCCAACCCCGACGCCCUCGACUUGACGCGAGACUUGAACAGCUACAUCACCCUCGGCCACGGCGUGCAUCAAUGCAUGGGCUUACCCAUGACUCGCGUCGCGCUAACGACGAUGUUGAAAGUCAUCGGCAGGCUGGAUAACUUGCGACCCGCGCCUGUGAGUGUGGGAACGCAGAGCGUGGGACAUUCCGUCAAGAAGGUGAUGAAGGAGUUUGUGCCGGGCGAUAAGCAUGUCUUGCCUGAGGAGUGGCAUUAUCAUCUUUACUUGACGGAGGAUUGGGAUCAGUAUUUUCCAUUUCCGACUAGUAAGUUUGAGAUGGUUUGA